CAGUGCAUCGACACUCCAAAAUAUAGUUUUAUAGUAAUUUAAACAUAACAGCCAACAGGUAUUUGACAUCUUUUAAGCAAACAAUUUUUUUGCAAUAUUUUAACUCGCAUGUAAAAAUCCAAAGAAGCGCAUUAAGGAACGUGAUCAGCCAGCAAUAAACAGACGGUUUAUUGCUUUAUUGCUGGCUCUUGCAAGUUGAACCAUUUUUUUCGACAUGUAAUUUCAUGGAUUGCUUUCAACCAAACGGUACGGAUCCAGGGGUGGAUGACAGCAGAGAGUGUGAUCAGCGAGCUGAGUGUUGGCUGGUCUGAGAGCAGAAAGGAAACCGUACAUUUGGUGGAUGUGAGGAACUCUUGAAAUGUCACUGAGACAACCAGACGGGAUGUCUGUCGCCCAGGCUUUGGCCAUGACUGUGGCAGAGAUACCGGUCUUUCUCUACUCCACAUUUGGACAGUCAAUUUUUUCUCAGCUAAGGCUUUCCCCGAGCCUGAAAAAGGUGCUGUUUGCGACAGCACUCGGAAGUGUAGCGCUGGCCCUGACCGCUCACCAGCUGAAAAGAAGAGGCAGGAAAAGGAAACAGGCAGACCACGUGAAGGAGGGCCCGAAAACCGUGGGAAUACCCGAGGCUCUGCUGAAGACAGGAAGACCUUCAUCACUGAAGAGAGGCCCCAUUACCAGCCGCCAGGUGAUGAGCCCCAGCUCUCGGAGCAAUGACACCAUGAGUGGUAUUUCCUCGCUGGCUCCCAGUAAACACUCGAGUUCCUCACACAGCUUGGCAUCUACUAGAGUCCCAAACUCUCCUAAUCAGCCGAUUAACCCCCCGACUCCCUGGGAGGCGGAGCCUGUGGUGGAAGAAUCAGGAGCAGUGGAGGAUGCUAAUGCAGAGAACCUCUAUUUGAUGGGGAUGGAGCUGUUUGAUGAAGCACUGCGAAAGUGGGAACAAGCCUUAAACAUUCGUCACCAAGGCAACUCAACCUCCAGUAACAACAGCCUUGCUCUGCAGGGGGCGGCAUGUGGAGACUUUCUCACGAACGAAGACCGUAAUAAACUGUUUGCCGAGAAGCUGGAGACACUCCUGCACAGGGCGUACCACCUGCAAGAGGAUUUUGGCGGCAGCAUCCCAGCGGAGAGCGUGCUGGCCGACUUUGAGAGCGAAGGAACUCUGAUCUUGCCUCGCGUAGAGAGUUUCCACCGGCUGCAAAAUGAGGAUGCGGCUUCUGUUUCGUCUGAUGACUCGUUUUUCUCCGCUGCAGAGCUGUUUGAAAAUAUAACUCUAGAUGAGAUCUACCCACCAAUGAAGCCAGCAGCUCUGUAUGAAGAAGCCUUGUCUCUGGUGCAGGAAGGCAGAGUGAAGUAUAGGACCUUGAGGACUGAAUUACUUGAAUGCUACAGUGACCAAGAUUUCCUCUCCAAGCUUCACUGUGUGAGACAAGCUUUCCAGGUCUUGUUGUUAGAUGAAACUCACCGCACGUUUUUUAUGGAGACAGGGAAACAGAUGGUUGCAGGGCUAAUUGUUAAGUCUAACAAGAGUCCCAAAGCCUUCCUGGAGAGCUACGAAGACAUGCUGCUUUACACCCAGAGAGAAGAAACGUGGCCCAUUACAAAAAUGGAGCUGGAGGGUCGAGGGGUGGUGUGUAUGAACUUUUUUGACAUUGUUUUGGACUUUAUCCUGAUGGAUGCAUUCGAGGACCUGGAGAGCCCGCCCUCCUCUGUGUUAGCCGUUCUGAGGAACCGCUGGCUGUCUGACAGCUUUAAAGAAACGGCUCUGGCGACCGCCUGCUGGUCGGUGUUGAAAGCUAAAAGGCGUCUUCUUAUGGUUCCCGAUGGGUUUAUCGCCCACUUUUAUGCCAUAUCAGAACACGUGAGCCCAGUUUUAGCUUUUGGGUUUUUGGGACCAAGGCAGCACCUGAGUGAGGUUUGCACAAUUUUCAAGCAACAAAUAGUGCAGUACCUCAAAGAUAUGUUCGACCACGAUAAGGUCCGCUUCACCUCAGAGCAGUGCUUGGCCGAGGACAUCCUGAAACUUUCCCACCGCAGAAGUGAGAUCCUACUGGGCUAUCUGGGAAUCGACAGUCUGUUGGAGCUCAACGGAGCCAUGCCCAGAGACGCUGAGGGCUCCUACGGGACCAACAAAGUGUCAUGAAGCGCUUUGACAAAGAGUCUGAACUCCGUGUUGAUAUUUGCACCGAGCCCUUGUUCUGUUAUACGCUGAGAACCAUUAUUAUUCAGUCAAUUGUUCAUCCUUUCCUCCAUCUGUGCUCUUAAACACAACUACAUGUCAUCGGAUUUAUUUCACCAGGUCUCCUUGUUCCUGCUAAUGAGGGAGAGCGUCUGGGUCCUGGAUGCCUCUUGUCCCUUGUGUUGCAGCUUUGCUGCGUAUCCAGAAUGACGACUGUAAUCAAAUUAUCACAGACGUGUGAGGACUUGUUCCUGCCUCUACCUCUGCCUGGGGUGAUUCAGAUACUUGGUGAAAACACGGCUGACAAACACUUCCAACACAAGAGGACUUCGCCUUCUAGUGACCCAAAUGAGAUUCUUUUGAGAACUGUGUUCAUCACCUGUGGGUUUGGGCUGAACACCUGCCUUCACUCUGACGAGCAAAGAGAGGACGUGCUUUUGUAUUUUAUGUGAAAAAUUGAAGGUUAUUUCUUAAUGAAAUCGCUGCUGCUUACAGUUCUUGAAAUGAAAGAGACAAGAUGGCCGUCACCUUAAUUGUCCCUAAAUCAUCCUUUAUUCCAGGAGUUCCAUCGAGCUGAAUAACACUGAGACAUAUCUGAGAUGGGGUUUUGAACAAAUAAUCUAAAACUGGUAUUUCAUGAUCUAAUUUGGCUUUUAGUUUGAAUUUGAAUUGAUUAUUCCCUUGGUGGACUGUCAGAAAAUGACAACUAAAUAAAAGCAUAAGUUUCAAAUCAGAGAAAAACUGAAACUGGCAUCCGAAAAAUUUGUCAUAUAACACGAUUUGUGAGACAUUUUUCUACAAAUGUACAGUCAACAUAAAUAAAUUUUUAGAAUCUGUUCAGUGUUAAAGCUGCUAACCGGGCUUUUUGUAAAAUCAGUAAGACUCACUUUAGAUAUAGCUUGUCAUCAAUAGAAUGUGUCGUGGCGGGUAUUUUUGUUGUUCUGUGAUUUUUAUUUAAGAUAAAAUCUAUCCUCUCAAAAACGAGCUACCAUGCAUAAUGCCUCUAGUAACAUUACUCAAGGCACCUGAUCCAAGUUCCUUUGUUUACACCUAUUUAUUUGUUCCAACUGUAAUUGUAUUUUUAAUUAAAUUCCCUCUUCAAAGGUAAAUGCUUUCACUCUAUCCGGCUAUAGCAAAACGUUUGAACCUUAUGUGAGAACGCUUUUAUGGAUUUCAGGAAAAUUUGGUUACAAUGAAACGUGGAAGCUCUCAGAUCGCAGGAGUCAAACUUGGACUCAAAUGUGCAAAGUUAACCCUCCAUGCAAUUCAGUGCAACUUGAAAUGUUUCAGAAGAAUUGAUCAACUCAGUUCUUCUGCCUCUUGUAAUGUCAUUGCCCCCACAUAAAAACAAAUUCAAAGUUAGUUACUUUCUUGGAUGCGUUUUAAAAAAAGUUUUUGUGAAAUCCUGCAGUGGAACUUUGUAAUUUCAUUGUCAGUGUUCAAUUGGUAUCAAACAGUACAAUUCUUGAGAGUAUCUUUAAUCUUCUAAAUGCAAGCUUUUAGAAUAUGUUAAGAGACAAAGUUUAAAGUGUUAAAAUAUUUAACAAUAGCACCAAGUACUGAAAAGUAUACUUUUGGAAUCCUAAAUUAGAUUUUCUGCAAUUGUGGAUAACUUCUUUUUUUUCUGGAAUUAUACCAUCCCUCUUAACUUGUUUAGUCAAGUACAUCUUACAAAUUCAAACCCUCUGGGAAAUUAUACUUACUGCAAACACACCCUCAAAUCACUGCAACGCACACAUUAACCUGAGACGGUGCCAACUGGUAGAAUGAUUCUGGUGUCAUGAAGGCUAGUAAGUGAAAGAAGGAGUUGUAGCUUACCUAAGUGCACUGAUGGAAGCCCUGAAGUUUUCUGGGUCACAGAAACCCAAAUUGGGGCAACUAACUGCCUAACUAAAUUGACCUUUCUUGUGUAAUCCUUUAAUACUAGUGGUACUACUGUAAAGAUGGAGGCACAUUGUAGUUCAGAUAUUAAUCUGACUUGAUUAAAUGAUUCAUGAACUAUCUAUAUUUAUUUGAAUCACUGGAAGCGCAGCGGUUAAGUUUUCAUCUCAUUCCAACUUUAUUCCAGUAAUUUAUCAGAUCAAUAGCUCUUUGACGUUAUUACUUCUGUUUUGCGGGAAUGAUGAUCCAAACCCUGCAGUUGUUCUAAUGCACUUCCUAAAUUCGUAGCUGAGUAACACUGUUCAUCCUCCUGAACUGUUCUGACUGCGCAUCGUCUGUACUGUUGCUUUUAUUGGACAGCAGUCUGACUUGAACCAGAGCUGCAAAUGGGCGAGGCAUUUCUGCAGUAAACGAUUUGCUUUGCAGCUUUGCGUUUUUAAUUAAGCGAUUUGCACUUUAGCAGGAAGAUGAGGCAGAAAAUAUUUCUUUUUGUAAACAUCUGUGUGAGAGUUCCAUUGUACAAAUUGUCAGAUUAUAUAUUGCAACACAUGACUUGUAUGUAUAAAAUGGAGCAUAUAGCUGCUGUACAGUCUAGCAAAAUUAUCUUAAAAGAAAAAACUAUAUUAUGAAAAAAAGUUUGUACAAUCACAAGGUUUUGUUGAGGUGCCCAUCUUUAAAUUAUUUUAGUUUUGCUUUGUGUGAUAUGAUCUGAGAUGAAAUGCUUUAAUAUGUAUAACCUGUAUGCUUUACGGAGAGUUUUUUCCCCCUUCCCUUUUUCUGGACAAAUGAACUGCCUUUGCAUGUUAGCAUUUUAAGUUCUUUAAAAUGCAUCAGCGUAGCAUUGAACAUGUAGACCGAAAGCUCAACCUGAUUUCUUGGAUAUUUUAAGUUCUAAUUAGAUAAAAUCUAAAACAUUGUAUGAAUUACUACAAUUUAAGCAUGGGCUGUAAUAUUGAGAUGAUUUUAGACUUUAAAGAGGGUUUCAGAAGGCCAAAAUGUUAAUUAUGCCCCCAACCCCUACCAAUGUAUGCUACAUUACAGGUGUCCUACUCAUGCCUUUUGUCUUUUCUAUUGUAUUGCACUGUCUGUAAACUGAUUUACAUCCUCCGUAUUAAAUCUUAUUUUUUGUUAUUAAA